CGAAAGAAAAAAGGAAAAGCUAAACCCUAAUCAGCGUCGUUCGACAGUGACCAGGCCCACGUCUCACAGGCGACGACUCAUUGUUCAAACGGCGGUAGCGCGGUGUUACCCACGAACAGCAGCGGGCGAGCUUUUCCUCUUCUUUUCCGGAGACUGCUCCAGCUUUCCAGCGAUCGGCGACACCAGUGACGCUUACCCCUAUGCGCAAUCGGACCACACCCGAAUAACCCGAUUUGGAUUACCCAUAGCCUGUGUGAAGUUCAAUUUGCAAGUUCAAACCCAUUCGAACACCUUCCAGCAACAAUCCAGUUUUGGAGUCUUUCAAACACUUUUCAGCCAGGCUCUAAGUCCAUUUUGUUGAACCAUUAAUGUGUAAGAAGAGAGCUGCAAUUCUUGCUAGACGCUCCUUAAUAGCACUAUGCAACAUACGAUCUUCAUGUAGCUCCUCAGUAUCAAACAAAGUCCUAAAUCAAGUUAGAAAUUUAAGCAUUGCUUCUGAAAGAGAGGAAUAUCAGAACGAUAAUGGAUAUCAUGCAGAUAACUCUUUGCAGAGUUACCAGAGCCAUAGUGGAUUUAGCAGUGACAGCCAAAGCCCUGGGUACUAUCAGCAUCAUGCCCAAAGUGCUAGUUUCCAAAUCUCUUCUUGGCCUAAUCAGAAUAUUCUACUUGAGCGUAGAGAAAAUUUAACUGCAUACAAUGGGUUUAACAAUGGAGAACUGCAGCAGAACAAUUAUGAGGUUUCUGGACAGAAUUCAUGGGGCACGCAGAUUGAAUCCAGACAAUUUGUACAUGGCAACAGCCUAAAUUACCACAAUUCUAUGCCAGGACUAAACAACCAUAUUCCCAUCUCAAGACAAUAUGAGCAAAACUCUAUGUCUCAGCCACAUCCACAGGGGCAAUAUCAACAAGGUGGCAGUGUUGAACUAUAUCAGCCAAACCCAGAUACUAUUCAGAGUCGCACGAUUGGUACUCAAGUAUUAAAAAACACCAAUGCUGAUGAGGAAAUUGGCGUGACUAAGGAUAACCCAUAUGGUGGUACCCUUGAGGAGCUUGAUGAAUUCUGCAGGGAAGGAAAAUUGAAGGAGGCUGUGCAAAUUCUGGAAAUGUUAGAGAAACAAAACAUUCCUGUUGAUUUAUCCCGGUAUUUAAAUUUGAUGAAUGCAUGUGGGGAAGCAAGGUCCCUAGAAGAAGCCAAAGUGGUUUGUAAUUACGUAAUAAAAUCUCAAACCCCUCUCAAAGUUAGCACCUAUAACAAAAUUCUGGAGAUGUACUCUAAAUGUGGUUCCAUGGAUGAUGCCUAUAUGAUAUUCAAUAAAAUGCCCAGCCGCAACCUAACAUCUUGGGAUACUAUGAUUACGUGGCUUGCUAAGAAUGGCCUAGGGGAAGAUGCUAUUGACCUUUUCUACGAGUUCAAAAAAACUGGGUUGAGAAUUGAUGGAAAAAUGUUCAUUGGAGUUUUCUCGGCAUGUAGUGUCUUGGGAGAUGUUGAUGAGGGGAUGUUACACUUUGAAUCAAUGACAAAGAAUUAUGGCAUCAUUCCUUCUAUGCAACAUUAUGUUAGUAUAAUAGACAUGCUUGGUAGUGUAGGUUAUGUAGAUGAAGCAUUGGAGUUCAUUGAAAAGAUGCCAUUUGAGCCAGGGGUAGAUAUUUGGGAAGCAAUGAUGAAUAUCUCUAGAGCUCAUGGGUUGAUGGAGCUUGGUGAUCGUUGUUUUGAGCUUGUCGAGCAGCUUGAUCCCUCUCGCUUAAAUGAGCAAUCAAAAGCUGGCCAUUUGCCUAUAAAAGCUUCAGACCUUGCAAAAGAGAGAGAGAAGAAAAAAUUAGCCAACCGGAAUCUUUUAGAAGUCAGGAGCCGAGUACAUGAAUAUCGAGCUGGAGAUACUUCUCACCCUGAGAAUGACAGGAUCUAUACCUUGCUUAGGGGUUUGAGGGAACAAAUGAAGGAGGCUGGUUAUAUUCCAGAGACUCGAUUUGUACUCCAUGAUAUAGAUCAGGAAGGCAAAAAUGAUGCUCUACUUGGUCAUAGUGAGAGACUUGCUGUUGCAUAUGGUCUAAUCAGCAGCUCAGCCCGCUCACCCAUAAGAGUAAUUAAGAACCUUCGAGUUUGUGGUGAUUGCCAUAGUGCACUAAAGAUAAUUUCAAAAAUUGUGGGUCGAGAACUCAUCAUCCGUGAUGCUAAGAGAUUUCACCAUUUUAAAGAUGGAUUAUGCUCUUGCCGUGAUUACUGGUGAAGAAAACGAAACUUGAGAUUACAUGCUUCCUUGUUCACGAGCUGUUUCAGAAGGUUAGCUUUUUUAGUAGGUAUUUCUCAUCUUCCCCUCUGGCUAUUGUAGAAGCACUAUGACAGAUAAAUGCACAACUCUCAUUGCAUAUGCAUCUUCUGCAGCUCCAUUACCCAUGUUCAAAAGGGUGUCGAGGUUCAAAAUUAACAGAAAGUUCAAAAUUACUAUUCCCAGGCAAAGUCACCGAACUCUUUCACACUUGGUGGAGGCUUAUGCUUGAGAAUGUUUGGAACAAACCGCUGAUGGCUUGUGCCUGGGCUCGGAUCAAACCUAAACUAUUCUUCCUAAACUGCAGCUAUUAUUUCUCGACAUCUCUUAUUUACUUAGUAAUGUAAUCACCAUUAUCAAUAACCCCAAUUUUGAUGUAGCAAGAGAACUAGUGAUAGACAAACUGGAGCCAAGCAGUCGGUCAAACUAAACGAAAGUCGAAUUGAACAAUUUCUAUUUUGUUUUCCCAAUGAUUUAUUGGUUCAAUUCUAUGUACUAUUUUCUAUUUGGAUUGGUUUUAUCAAUGUUCUAUAGAGACAAGCCAAUGUGUCUGUACAUAUGUUAGUGAACAAAGUAUCAUGUAGUGUGUAAUCUUUCUGAGCAGUUCGAUAUGGGAAAAUGUUUUGGUGGG